CUCAACAUCACACAUUUUUUUUGUACAAUCAAAAAGGGAAUAAAUCUCAUUCAUUAUUCUCGUACUUGUUUGGCUAGUUUUGCAUAUUCCGUAAAGACAAAUCAUCCUUGUUUUAAGUAAUUAAUUUAUUAAGUUUUCUAAAUAUGGCAUCAUGGAGAUACUACUCGUAUUCUGGAAAUUACAAAGAAAAAACUGCUGAUGUUACAACAGGCAAACAACUUCAGCGAAUAAUCCAUUAUUCAGUAACACCGUGUCGUCCAUUACAAUCAUGCAUACGUCGUAAUGAUCCGAACAUACUAUAUGAUGUUGAUUGCGAUGAAGUUUAUCCAAGGGUUUACAUCGGUGAUGCAGCUGCUGCUAGGAAUAAGCAAUAUCUUCGUAUGAUGGGAAUUACACAUGUUCUCAAUACCGCAGAAGGUUCUCGUUUUGGACAAGUUGAUACAGGUCAUAGUUAUUAUAGAGAUAUGAGCAACUUGAGAUACAUGGGCUUUCCUUUAACUGAUCAACCUUCAACAGAUAUUUCAAGAUACUUUUAUAUUGCAUCAAAAUUCAUUGAGAAUGCUCUUAAUAGCGGUGGAAAAGUUCUCGUCCACUGUAUGGUUGGAAUGUCAAGAUCUGCCACAUGUACGUUAGCAUAUCUUAUGAUUUCACGAAAGAUGUCUGCAGCUGAAGCAAUAAGAACUGUUCGAAUGCACAGGGAUAUUCAUCCAAAUGAAGGAUUCUUACAGCAACUCGCAGAUCUUGAUAAUGAACUAAAACGUGAUCGUUCAUACUAUUGAUUUGCUAAUUCAAAAGACGAACAUCUCAUCUUUAUCACUUCUGCAUUAUCUUACGUAAUAUAAAUGCCAUUAUAUACAAAUCACGUGCAUUAAAUACAAUAUACUUUAGUAACACAAUUAAUUCUUCCAUGAGAGACCAUUGACAGAUAUAAAUCAUGAAAUAACAAAUAAUUCUGUUACAGAUAUAUGAAUUAUUUAUUUAUUUAUUUACCGCUACCUUAAAUUUAAUCACAUUAACAUAUUAACUUCCACGCGAAAGAAUGGAAGCAAUCGUGACUCCUUUCAAUAAUUAUCCUAUUAAAUUUGUUGAUUUUAAUUUGUUUUAGUUUUAAACUUAAUUUUUGUUGAUAU